AUGACAGAAGGCCGCAAAAGUCAGAAUAAUUCAAAUAAAACUGCAGGCACAUCAAAUAAUUCUAAUGCUAACAACGCAAAUGAUCUUUGGUCUAGCUUCAGUCUAUCAGGACCUUAACAAUAAAACAAUGAACAGAAUGAUUACGGCAAUUAAUAGAAGGGAACUUACUAAAAGACAUAAAAUUAGUCUAGAAGGAACACUAAUUAAAAUGGAUUCCAAACUGAUGUAUAAAUAUCCGCUACACAAAAUUAGAACAGGAGAUAAGAAAGAACACUUUAAAAAUUUGACUUCUCAUCAUCAGGAGCAAAUACCGGUAAUUUGUAAAAGUUAUAAAGCAAUACUUGGAGAAGAAAUGCAGAUAGUGAAGCAUUCUCUUCUCUUCAUGAUGAUGAUCCAAAUGAGAAAUUCGAUCAAUUCAAAGGUAAAAAGAGCACAUAUGAUGAGAGUUUGUAUACUUCUAAAUUGGACGAGAGUUAGUUGACUAAGGAGUAGAAGGUAUACGCAAAAAAAAUAGAGAAGGAUAUUUUGACCUAGCCUGCUGAGGGAAAUAGACACUUAGCAGAGGAGAGAAAUCAAAUGGAACUUAGUGACGAUGAAGAGGACGAAAUGAUGUAUAGUGGAGUAAUUAGAGAUGAAUAGAGCUAUAACAGUAAAAUUAAUUAAAGUCAAGGAAAAGCAGGUCGUUAAACUUCUUAAUUGCAAACUCCUGUUACUAUGAAUGCCUAGUCAUAGCCUUUUGUCCCUGGUGGGAAAAGAUAAAAUAGCAGUAAUAAAAAGAAAGCUUCAUUAGUAAAAGGAUAGGCAGAAAAUGAUUAAAAGUCUAAUUUGGAUCAUAUAAAUUAACUCUUAAUGCCGUGGAAAGGGGAUAGAGAAUUAAAAAAAGAAAUAAUGAGCUAAACUCAUGCCCUAUCUGAUAACUCUACUUUUCACAAGUCAACUUCUAAUAAUAACUUAGGGUCAAUUCAAAGUAGUAGUAAUCCAAUAAAGCAAAGUUAGAUAUUGAAUUAGCAUCAAUAAACUCCAACUUAAAACUAGUAGUCAUAGCAGCAGCAUCAAUAGACUUAGGAAUAAAAGCCAACCACAAAUGAAUAACCUAUAACUAAUUAAUUAGCAGCCACUACUUCAAAUGGAUCUCAAGCGCUAAAUACAUCUGCAUCUAUAUUCAUCCCAAAGAGUAAAGCUAUUGCUGCUGAUCAAAGCAACAACACCGCUCAAGUAAAUUCCCAACAGACAAUUGAUAAUUCUAAUCAAAAUACGACAACAAUUAAUAAUUAAUCUACUUUUCAACCCACACAAGUCAAUCUUUCUUCUCAGAUUAACUUGCAAUAAAAUUCCUAGGCCUUAAAUGUCUAACAAAAUAUAGUGAGUCAAUAACCAUUGCAACAAUAAACAAAAAUAACUGAAUAUAUACCAUAAAGGAAAGCUUUCCAAUAGUAGCAAGUCGUACAAUAGCAAUAUAAUCCAAUGAAUAAUCAAUAAAUGAUGUAGUAGCCCCCAUCUUAAGGCUUCAUGCCAAACUAAAAUAUGGGAUAAUAAAAUCGAAUGGGAGGGAGUUAGCCUUUCUAUCCUUCCAAUCAAACAAUGUAUUCUGCUCCAUACGUAGGAGCAUAUCAACAAUAAAGUUUUCCUCAGCCAAUCCAAAAUAAUCAACUCCCGAAUAAUUUUGGAGCAAAUUAAAAUCCUAUGAUGAACCCACUAGCAUAUGGAAAUACUGGAUUAGCAGGAAUGCCAUAAAGUUCAUCAUUCACUAACUUGGAUCAAUAAAAUACUUAAUUAAGUGGAGGCAAUAGUUUCGCUCUAGGUGCAACAGUCAGUAAUAACUCAGCAACUUCAGAUUAGUCAAAGAACUUAAAUAUAGAGGCGCAGCCAUUUACCAAACCAAAAAAGUGA